UGUAACAAUGUGUUUAGGAUUUCAACGAAAAAAGUCGAAUAAAUGUUAUCAAUGCAUGUAUCGAUUCUGCACUAAUCGUUGUUAAAUUCGUUCGCAUUGUAAGUGUCCAACGAGGCUGCCUAGAUUUGAUAGAAAAAGCUCUUAAAUUAAAUUACAAAAGUAAGCUGUGUGGGCAUCUUGAAGAGAAUAUAAACUCGAUUAUUAAAAGAAGUGGAAAAAAACCCUAAUUUACGCCGUGUUAUCAAGUAAAGAAAGCAGAACGGAUAUUAAUUUAUGAAAAGAUCAUAAACUUAAAAUUGUAAAAAUGAUUAUAAAAAAUCAAGAAGCCCUGAAAAGCUGGCUUGUUGUGGUGUUGGAGCCUUUAUGUGAUGCGGAUUCUUCUGCCCUUGCGCGCUAUGUUUUGGCUUUGCUAAAGAAAGAUAAACCAGAAAAAGAAUUAAAAAAAUUGAUGAUAGAACAACUUGACGUUUUUCUUGGUGAAGAAACAAGACCUUUUGUAGAGAGGCUAUUCAGUGCCAUUAACACUGAGGAUUAUUUUACUGAUGUCUUACUACCCACACCAAAGUUAAGCGAAGAGCGUUUUGUGGGGGAUGAAAUUGUUUCCGAUGUUAUUGAUACUGAAGAGGUAACUCAAGAAGAAACAAACACUACAGAAUCUUCAUUGAAAAUUGAUAACCUGCCGAAUACCGUUUGUGCCGAGAAAGUCCAAACACCACCAAUAGAUGACAAUAAAACAAAAGAAUUGCUCAGCAGUAGUACAUCCGAUUAUUUAAAAUCGGAUACAACGGGCCACAUUGUUCAUUAUCCUGCAACAAUUAAGAGUGAAACGCCGACGUCUAAUACUGUACAACAUUCUUAUGCUGGAUCAAACAGUCAUGUCCGCAGUGCUAGUCCUCCUCUAAGAACUAAUGCUGACAAAGAGAACCAACCGCGAGAGAGCCGUCGUCGUCGUGCUUCCCUUCGAUCUCGUUCGAGAUCACGUUCACGAUCACGAUCUAAUGAAAGACAUUCGCGCCGAAGUCGUUCUCGUGAUCGUCGAAUAAAUGAACGUGAAAAAAUGCAGCGUCAAUUUCGGAAUAAAUCUCCACCGACAACAGACUUACGGCAUGUGGGAUCUCAUGAGCGGAGACGAGGAGGUGGUGGUAGUGGUACCGAACGUAGAAGAAUUGGUAAUAGUGGCAAUACGGCAGGUUCAGACGAAAGGUCGCCGCGUUUUGUGGGAAACGGUGGAGAGGGUGGUGGACGUAAAAACCGUCUGAAUCGUUCCAACUCGCGAAGUCGUUCACCAUCUCUGGAUCGUGGAGGCAGAAAUAAAGGAUCACCAAAUGCAUCACGAACAGUUCGUGGGUCACCUGAUCGUCAUAGUCAUCAUACACAUGGACAGCAUGAGUCAGAAAAGCGGCAGCGUUGCCGUGAUUUUGAUGAAAAAGGUUACUGUGUCAGAGGAGAAACAUGUCCUUGGGAUCACGGAAUUAAUCCAGUUGUGUUUGAAGAUAUAAAUAAUACUGGGUUAAUUGGAAUGUCACUUCCGGAAUAUAAUCCAGACUCUCCAGAUUUAUGGAUGAGAUCUUCUGGGUCAAUGGUCUCCUCCAACGCACUAUUGACAAGUGGUUCGGGAGUUGGUGGUUCUGUUAAUGCUCCAGGUAUAAAUCCGUUCACUGGUGUAGCGAGGGGAGGGGGAAUAAUGCCUGUUACUGGAGUUGCAGCAGCUGUAAGUUUUCCUCCGAUUGGUACUGUUGCAGAUAAACAAAACAACCCUGGUCCUAUCGCCACAGACUAUACUGGCAAUACCAACGCCAACUCCGGGUUUAGAGUGGCUACACCGAUGAUUUCUUUCCCUUUCAAUGCAUCCGCCGUUUCAGCUCCCCUUCAACGAGAAUUAAUUCCAAUCCCAGUAGUUGAUGCAGGUAAUCCCGGAUCAGGAGGAGAUAUAAGUCAAAUGCCACAAGGCAAACGCCGCUUUGAUUUGGAAGACUCGGUCGCGAUCGCCGAAGGACCCGUGAAACGUAAGCUGCCACUUAAUAGUCGUCUUGGACCUCGAUUACCAAGUAUCCAAAGUAACUGCUCUCUGGAAUUACGUAAAAUACCCCGCGGUUUGAAUACAAUAGCGCACCUUAAUAAUCACUUUGCAAAAUUUGGUAAAAUUGUAAAUAUACAAAUAUCAUAUGAUGGUGAUCCCGAAGCUGCUAUUGUGACAUUUUCAACGCAUGCAGAAGCAAAUGUUGCUUACCGUAGUACGGAAGCUGUCCUUAAUAAUCGUUUUAUAAAAGUCUUUUGGCACAAUCAAGACACAAAUGCAUUAAUCAAUGAUAUAUCACCUAUGACUAUGGGUAAUACACGAAAAAAUAGUCAAUAUCAUUUAAAUAACGUCCCAGCUGUUCCGACUCCGACAGCUGAUUCAGCAAAAACAGCGAAUGAAAAUGUUGCAAAUCAGAGCAUUACUUCGGCUGGAUGCAUCAAUGCUUCACCUACAUGUGAUUCAUCAAAUCCUACAAACGUUAAUAUACCUAUAGCUGCCGCUCAUGUACCGCCCACAUCUUUGCGAUUAAAGAAUAAUGUAACACGUGGUCACAACACAGGUCCGUCAAAUGCCAUAAUACGUAAGAAACAAGAAGAGCAAGCUAAAGCUGUUGUACAACUCGCCAAUGGACUACGAAAACGGAAACAAGAACUGUUACAGAGUUAUUUAAAACAAAUGAAAUCGGCUUUGGAGAUAGUGGAACGUUGCGAACCAAAUGAUCCGCAACGUACUAAGACGCUUGAAACUAUAAAAGUCUUGCAAGAAACAAUUGAUAAAUUACGUAAAGAAAUUGCCACAGAACAAGAACAAAUUCAAGCUCAAAUUCAAAACCAGCAUCCACCACCACCAAAGAAAACUAAGGAGCAACAGAAGAAAGAAUUGCUUGACAUAGAAUUGGAAUUGAUAGCUCAACAACAAGAGGGAAAUGAUACUACAGCCAUACAAAAACGCCUUGAAGAACUGCAGCGCAGUCUUGGGGUCGUUUCUGGCACUGCCGCCGUUGGCGUCGUACCAUCUCACCCCCAACCAAUAGGCGGCAAAGUUGCCCACUUCUCCUCUGGAAGAACAAAUCCUCGAUCUCGACCAACAUUUCCUGAGGGAUCCACACGCGUUGACCGCAGACCAAAAACAAUAGUGGUUACUGGGUUUACUGGUGAAGAAGCUGAUUUUGUGUUAGGCCACUUUAAGCAUUUUGGAGAAAUUACAAAACACGACGUGGAUAAAGAAAUACCUCAACUCAUAUUGUCUUACGCUACUCGGAUAAAUGCGGAACAAGCUGUAUUGCGUGGAAAAGUUUUCAAAGAUAAACGACUGCAGAUAAGCUGGGCUCCGGUCAUAUCAACAACAUCGGUAACAACGGGAGCUUUGAUAACUGAUAAAGGGCGCAAGCCAGAUGGAAAGUCGAAUAGUCAAGACCCAACCAAAUCAGCCGCAAGUCAAAUUGGUAAUGAUAAACAAAGUAAUGAUUCAGAAGUCGGAGGCGAAACGUUGCCGGAAUUGCGGCUUGAGGACGAAGAGGAGGAUGAGGAAUCUGAGGAUAGAUCAUGGCGACGCUGAUCGUGAAACAGUUCGAAGUCCAUAGUACGAUGUUGCUUUAGUGUUUACUUUGGUUAAAAUAAUUGGCAUGUGUCUCGUACACAUACCAGUAAAUAGAAAAUUUAGCAGAUAACUUGUUUGCAUGAAUUAUGGUAAAUAUUGAAAUAUUUGAAAUGUAGCAUGCAUCCUGGUGUAGUGAAGAAAUAUUUUGGAAUACACUGAAGUGCCAUUAGUGCUAUAUUUUUUCUUCAUUAAUCAUUUACAGGUUCUCUGUAUUUGGCAAAUUUUAAAUGCUGAUCAUUUCGCUGUGAUGCAUGUACAUAAACUUGAGCAUUCAUUAAUAAUAUGAACGAAACAAAUCUAAAACAAAAGUAACAAAGGGUAUAUGUAUAAAAAAGUUUAUAAAUACUAAUGUUGCUUUUAGAUUUAACUACUAUA